AUGGCAGCUCCUCCUUGCCUGAGCUCACAGCUGAGCUCCUCCGAAGAGGCAGAGCAGUACCCGGAGAGGAAGAGCCUUCCCACAGCCCCAUGUUCCCUGCAAGGGACAGUCCUGCUGCUCGUGAUGCUCCUCACCCUCUCCCCACACUCCAGAGCAGCCCCUUACUCUCCAUCUGAGUGCUGCUUCCAUUAUGUAAAGGGUGCUCUCCGGCUGGCAAACCUGAAGGAUUGCUAUUCAACUUCCAAGGAGUGUUUUUUCCCAGCAAUUGUGUUUAAGACCAAGAACGGGACCAAAGUCUGCGCAAACCCAGAAGAGCCCUGGGUGAAGAGAGCAGUUGGGAAGCUCCAGAAGAGGAAAGAACCUCAUGCCCCAUGAUGUAGAGUGGGUGCCCUGGUUAAGGCUACCCAAAUUCUGGUGGGAAGGAGGGUCUAUAACCAUCCUCCCAGAAAGGAAUGCAGAGGUCUCAGCUGCUGGUGGGGGACACUGACUCCCCAGAGCCCUGAGCCGUGUCCACCAGCCAGGCACCAGCCCCUGGAGUGCUGCUGGUCCUGCCAGCACCUGCCUGCUGAUCACAGCUACAAAAUAAAGU